AUGGCGUACUCUGAACCCGACCCGGAGCUGUGCAAGAAGUAUGCCCAGUUUGCUUCUCACAUGGUCAGGUGGCAGUUCAAGGUCAUCUACUGGACCAUGUUUAUCGCAAACCUAUUCGUGCUGUUUCUUGCCUCGUGGUCUUUUACAAAGGCUCAAACCGCUGCCGAUCGACUGAAAGACAAUCCCAAGAAAAGGUCAAAGACGAUACGCAUGUACAUGCUGCUGUGUCUUGGCUGCAUUGUUGUUUCGACCGUCAUUGUCGUCAUGGAGGUUUACUCCCUCAUGGCGCUCCAGUUUUGUGACGGAGAGGACCUGAUUUCUCUCUACUGGUCAUCCUUCAUGAUGAUCCAGGUGGGCUCGCUCAUUGCCAUGAUUGGCAUCAUCCUUUCCAUGAUCCAUCAGCUGAGGAACAGCGCUCAUCCGCCCUGGGCGCUUGCACUCGGAACACCCGUUCUUGUCAUUGCAGGCUUCCUCCACCUGUUCCACCUAGGCACCAAGACCAAGAUCAAGAAGAUGAGGGCCGCCUCGACAAGCACAGCUAGUUCUGGUGACCCCAAUGCUGGACCCCCCAUCAGUCAAGUGUAUGCUGUCGCUGUCCCUGUCUUAAGGGCCCUGCUCCACCUCGUCCAUGUUGGCUAA